UGCGGUGCACACUGCACACGCUUGGCACACGCACACAACAAGCACAGCCUAAGCAGAUUCAACUUGAUCCAUGUGACAAGUCUAUAUAUGACUGUCGCUUCCAGUACCCAGCGGAUUUUCUUGAAUACUCGAACACUCAUUACACCAUAUUGAUGGGCAACGCAGCUCGGAAGUUUGUUGAUCUCAUCAGACAAUCCACAGCGAAGUGGGCCAACUGGGACCCACCUAUACCCAUUCCAGUCGGUGCAUAUGGCAGGCUGAAUGCCGAGACAGGCGAAUUGGACAUCGAAGGCAAUAUCUAUGAUCCAGAUUUCCAGGUCUUGCUGGAUAAGGUGGACGGGCAACUGAAGCUAGCAGAUUUCCCUCCUCAGAUUGGUGCCGUGGAGGGCGACUUCAUAGUGUGUACGAUGGGUGUCCGGCGGAAUGAUCUCAAGAUCGGUGGAGAGAUAAAUGUCGCUGGUCUGGGCCAAGCAUCUAUCAAAGGAGAGUGGCAGUUUCAGCGCGGCAAGCGUGGUGCCCUCCUGAUCAUGCACAAUCCGAGACAAGAAUACGUUCCGCGUGGCAGGGUUUUAGAGGCUCUGUACAAGGUCCCGGAGCUCAAAGACAUGCACAUUGUCAACUCCAUCUUCAAAUGUCCCGCCUACACCAUAUACCUUUCGGACAAAAGUGGAGAGAAGAUUUCCUUGGCACUUACUUCCAACGGGAAUGCAAGUGAGUCCUCACAGUGGUGGUCAGAUACGAAUGCGAGCCUGCUGCGGAAGGGCCAUCACAAGGACUACAUGUUCACUCCACUAUAUGGGCUCAAGCGCAAGUUGCCAUUGAUACGACGUCUAAUGCGAGAAUCUCCUGUACCCGAUCCCGAAGGUGAUGACUUUUGGGUGGACGUGCAUGUGCCAUGGGAUCCCCUGGAUGAUGACGGCGAUGAGGAGUAUUCAUUAGAGGACGAAGAAGAUGAUGGAUGGGUUGAAGACCCAGAGAGACAUGAAGAUGCCGAUAGCAUAUGACCAUCCUUUUAUGAUGAAUGUUUUAAUAGUUAUCCCCCCUAUGGUCAUCGACAUCCACCCAGUCGAUCUUGUCCUAUCAUGUUGUCGUAUAUUACGUUUGUAUAAAGUAGCACUGCCCCAUAGUCCAUUUUUAUCUAGCUGACACGUGCAAUCGACUUGCUGCACGGAGUAGGAAUUCAGUGAGAGCACCA